UCCUCCCCGCCGGGACGGGUGGAGCGGGCGGUCGGUGCGGGCGCUCGGCGCCGCUCUCGCCAUGCGGGCGCUGCUGCUCCCGGCGCUGCUGCUCCCGGCGCUGGCCGCGGCGCGCGGCGUCGCCACGGCGCUGGAGGAGGCGGACCAGGUCCGGAUGACCUCGGAGGGCUCCGACUGCCGCUGCAAGUGCAUCCUGCGGCCGCUCAGCAGGGACGCCUGCAGCCGCCUGCGCAGCGGCAGCGUGCGGGUGGAGGACUUCUACACGGUGGAGACAGUGAGCUCGGGGGCUGACUGCAAGUGCUCCUGCACUGCCCCCCCCUCCUCGCUCAACCCCUGUGAGAAUGAGUGGAAGAUGGAGAAGCUGAAGAAGCAGGCGCCUGAGCUCUUCAAGCUGCAGAGCAUGGUGGACCUGCUGGAGGGAACACUCUACAGCAUGGACCUGAUGAAGGUGCACUCCUACAUCAGCAAGGUGGUGGCCCAGAUGAACACACUGGAGGAGACCAUCAAGACCAACCUGAGCAGGGAGAAUGACUUCAUGAAGGAGAGUGUCCUGCACCUCACUAACCAGAUGAGACGCUAUGAGAACUACUCAGACAUCAUGAUCAGCAUCAAGAAGGAGAUCUCCAACCUGGGCUACCAGCUGCUGCAGAAGGAUGCUGCUGCUGUCCCCGAGAGCAAGGCACAGGACACAGCUGGGGGCCCAGAGAAGGAGGCAGGACGGUACCCCAGCACCCGCAAGGCGCUGGGGGACAGGGCAGCCCUCCGAGCACCCAAGGAGAAGCAGCUGAAGCCUGAGAAGCCCAAAAAGGAUAACCCGAAGGCCAGGGGGGGGCCCCAGCCCACAGCCAAGCCCAAGCCAUUGGCACACCAGCAAACCGUGGUCCGGGGCAUCACUUACUACAAGGCCGGGCAGGCGGGGGCGGAGGGGCCAGCCAGCAGCCGUGAGAGCCCCGCAAGGGGGGUGGCUGUGUCGGAGCGGCAUGAGGAGAGGGGCCCCUUGCACCCCCCAGCCAAAGGGACCCCAGCCCAAGCCUUCAUGCGGGCAGAGACCAUCAUGCCCAGCACCACAGCUGCACCCAGCAGCACCACCCCGUCCCCCCACACCACCGCCCACAGCCCCCACCCCACUGACCUCGGGCAGGGGCCUGACAGCACCGGGGGGCCCGAAACGCCAAACAGAGUGAAGGAGUUGGAGUGUGAAGGCACCAUUGAGUCUGUGGAGCCCCCCACGGAGCACCACAGCUAUGGGCGCAAUGAGGGGGCCUGGAUGAAGGACCCAGCAGCCAAAGAUGACCGCAUCUAUGUCACCAACUACUACUAUGGCAACAGUCUGGUGGAGUUCAGGAGCCUCGACAACUUCAAGCAGGGCCGCUGGAGCAACCUCUACAAGCUGCCCUACAACUGGAUUGGCACUGGGCACGUGGUGUACAAGGGGGCCUUUUACUACAACCGUGCCUUCACCAAGAACAUAAUCAAGUAUGACCUGAAGGAGCGGUACGUGGCGGGAUGGGCGCUGCUCCAUGACGUGGUGUACGAGGACACGACGCCCUGGAAGUGGAAGGGCCACUCGGACAUCGACUUCGCUGUGGAUGAGAGCGGGCUCUGGGUCAUCUACCCCUCUGUGGACUAUGACUACUCACAGCAGGAGGUGAUUGUCCUGAGCCGACUCGACCCUGGGGACCUCUCGGUGCGCAGGGAAACCACAUGGAAGACGGGGCUGAAGCGCAACGCCUAUGGGAACUGCUUCAUCAUCUGCGGCAUCCUCUAUGCUGUGGACACCUACAACCAGAAAGAAGGGCAGAUCUCCUACGCCUUUGACACGCACACGGACACGGAGGCAGAGCUCCGGCUGCCCUUCCUCAACCAGUACUCCUUCACCACACAGGUCGACUACAACCCCAAGGAGAAGGUGCUCUACGCCUGGGACAACGGCCAUCAGAUGACGUAUGGGCUUCACUUCGUGGUCUGAGAGCCCAGCCGGGUCCCAGCCACAUCCCUGUGCCCACCCUGCACCGUGCCCUGCCAGGGGUCCCAGCUGGGCCAGGGCUGUGACCAGAGCCCGGCUUCCACCCCAAACCCACCCUCAUCUGCUGUGCCCCAGUCCCCUGCACCGCGCGGCAGGGGUGCGGGAAAGCACAGAAACCGCCCCCCACGACAGCGUGGCCUCUGGGGCCGUGGGGCUGCCCCACAGCCAGCUCGGCCGGCAUUGCCCUCCUGGGGAUGCGGGAGAGGAGCCCAGCCCCGCGGCACCGGGAGGACACGGCAGCACCAGCCCCACGCCACCGCCCCGAGCACCGCACUCAGCACCGCACGGAGCUCCGCCCGCACACCCGCCGCCCCGCGCUUACCGGAGCCGCCGGCGCUGCGAGACCCGUGUCCCCGCCUGCCCCGAGCCCCGCGGGCGGGCAGGGCCCCCUCGCUGCCGGGGCAGGAGGAGCAGCUGCCGUGGCUAAUGUAGGAGACGUGAUUAAGAUGCCUUUGCUUUUGCCGCUCAUUAGCUUAUUAUUUAAAUGCGUUCACCAAAGCCGCGCGGAGCCCUCUCUCCUGGCAGGCAGCGCAGAGCAGUGCCCUGCCUGCAGUGCCGGGGUGCCCUGCCUGCACCCCUGCCUGCACCCCUGCCUGCACCCCGCGGCGGGGACCCGCGGCCCUCCUGCACCGCCUGCUGCCAGGCGAGGGGCUGGGAGCGCUUGGCUUGGUUUUAGUCAUUUUAGACGUGAACAGUAUUAAAAAAUAACAGAUGUGGAA